AUGGCGACGAAUUCGCCAACAACAGCGGCGCCGGGCAUCGGCUGGGCGCGGCGAGCCGUCGUCGGCGUGCUGAGUCUGCAGUUUGCCGGGCUCGUUAACGCAGCGGCUCCCAAGUUCCCUUAUGUCCCCUCGCAAAUAUUUAUGCCGUCGUGUGUGGAUGCCACGGCGUGCCACGGCAUCGAGGUCGCCUAUCUGUUCAACCAAAACGACAACGGAGCCGUCGAGUUCCUCUCCCUUAACUACUCGGCCAAGAUCCAGCAGGACGAGGGCUACACAUCGCUGACGACAAAGCUGCCCUUCCUAGACGGGAAAAAGUCUUCUACAGCGUUUAGCGCAGCUCGAGCUGGCGAUGGCACGCUGCUGGUCUAUGCUGGCGACUGCAACGACAACACAAACACCGAGAUGUGGCGAUAUAUACCGGGAAAAGAAGCUGGUGAUGGCAACAAGCCCGGCGAGUGGAUAAAAACAACCAUCGGCGCCAAAAAUGAAGGCAGCUCGACAAAGUCGGGUAGCCCUUACUUCCUUGGUGGCGCGUUUGCUUUCUCUGCAGCCCUGGCACCUAAGAUGGACCAGCCGACGAUGUAUACUUAUGGUGGGAUGUGCCUGUCACCACAAAGCGAUAUCGAUGGCUGGCAGAGCGCUGGCUCGUACACAACCGCCAUGAUGAGCAUUGCCCCCGAACGAGGCGAUAUCCAGACACCUUAUGAUGUGGGUGUUGCGUCUAGCGCAGGCCCUAGGUCUCCCUUUGCGGGAUUCUCCAUGACACAGUUGCCCCCAUCCAUGACAAACAUCUCCGGAACUGUGACGCAGCAGGCAAGCUUUGUCUUCCUGGGUGGUCACACCCAGCAGGCGUUUCUUAACAUUAGCAACGCCGCUGUCUGGAACUUGCCCCAGCAGACUUGGACAUAUAUCGAUAUUCGCCAGCCUAUGAGCAACGGCGGUAAACAGGAGGAUGUUCUCGGUGGAGCACUGAGAGUCAACAAGAGAAAGUCUGUACCCGAAGUUACGAGCCGAUCUGGCCAUACUGCCGUAGUGAGCGCGGACGGCGAGUCUUUGGUGGUCUUGGGCGGCUGGGUGGGAGAUGUAGCUACUCCAGCUACACCCCAAUUGGCCGUUCUCAAAAUGAGCCAGACCUAUAAAGCUUGGGAAUGGACAGUCCCAGACUCUCAACCAAAGGCUGCCGGACUCUACGGCCACGGAGCGACAUUACUGCCUGGCAAUGUGAUGAUGGUGUAUGGCGGUUGGGACAUUGGUGCUUCAUCCAACUCCAAGCGCGCAACAUCUCGCCCUGCCCAGUUCUUGAACCUGACUUCCAUGGAAUGGGCGACAUCUUACAAAACGCCAACUGGCUUCCAGCCACCGCACUCGCAGAACCCAGGCGGUAGUGGCAAUGACAACGGCGGUGAUGCCCCCAAGGCAGGACAGGACUCUGCUGAGCGGGCCAAGAAACUUGGUCUCGGUCUUGGAUUGGGUCUUGGACUCGGCAUUCUCGCUAUUAUCGGUGCCAUUGCUGCAUUCUGCUGCAUCCGCAACAAACGACGCAGAGACCAGCGCGCUCGUGACUCUGCUUGCCAGGCCAUGAUGCGCGAUUCGGCUCACUACUUCAACGACAAUGACGAAAUGGCCGAACGAAGCGGAUACUCUCCUUGGGGCACUUGGAUUGGCGGCAAUAACAACGAUGCCCGUAACCAAGCCCAGCAGGACCGAAGCCUUGGUUACGAAUCUCUUAUGAGUGGUGCACGAGGCACAGAGUAUGGUGGUGCUGGUGCUUUUGCUGCUGGCACAGCUGCUGGUGUUUCUCGUAAGCCUGUCAUGCAGCAGCAGCAGCGUCCCGGAACUGGAUACGGAGCAUACUACCAAAAUGCCGAUACUCGCGGUAUGAAUGCCUUUGUUUCUGUCCCUGGCCAAAUUCACCCCAUCUUUGAGGACGACGAGGAAGACCGCCCACGAAGCCAGAUGCUUCCCAUGACGCCUACCUCUGAGGUUCACUCUGAUCCCUUUGCCACCCCUGUUCACGGUUCUCCCACGCCACACGCCGCUCGAAAACACGACCCUGCCGUCCAGGAAUGGGUCUCUGAUGUGGAUGUUGCCGGCUCGCUCUUGACGCAGUACAACUCUCGCCCUGGACGCACAUCACCCACAAAGUCCAACCAUACCCGCGAUGCCUCCUUGCGCGAUGACGAAUCGAGGAGCGGAUCCAAUUUGUCCGAGUCCGCUCGCAGCGCUGCUGAUUCUCUCUGGAAGCCUACACCUCACGGAGGGCCCUAUGAAGGAGGAGCCAAGAAGGGACCCGGCAGCUCGUCUUCGGCUAGUUACUUGACGGCGCGCACUGGGUUCGGCGGGCUUCAGGCAGAAGCGCCUGGCCUGCUUGGUCGCAACUCUCCUUCUGGUGGAGUCAAUCAUGAAGAGGAUGAUACGCCCGGAUCACCAUCCAAGUCGAAGCCCAGAAGAGGCUGGCUGGGCUCAUUCCGCCGCGUCUUCUCCAACUCUGGUCCUAACCCAUUAGUUGCAGCUGCGAGAGAAGAGUCAUCCAGAAGAUUGUCUUCGGAUCAGGUAAGCGCCGACUACGAGCCUCACCCAUCCGGUGUCGCUGGUGAAGUGCUACGACGAAAGCAGGGCCGCACCGACUGGGAGUUUGGCGAGCACAGCAAGGAACCCGAGAAUGAGUGGGACAUUGAAAGGGCUAUCGAGCAGCGCUUGGUGCAGGUCAUGUUUACUGUGCCCAAGGAGCGUCUCCGCGUCGUUAAUGGUGAAACGGAGAACGACGACGAUGAGCCCGAGGAGGAGGAAGUCACUCUGCCAAUCAUCUCGCCCCCAGAUACCCCCGAGCGCCGCCUUUCGACCAACAGCCAUCUCCAGCUUCCCGAGGUCCUUGCCCCUAGCCCGCUGUCAUUGACACCCCGCAUUCCGAGCAUGGAGAUCCAUGCGCCGCUGGGCGACUUUUCAGCUCCCUCGCCAUCCUAUGAUGUUUUCACUGGAGAGAGGAGCCUCACACCGAGACGACAGCUUAUGCAUGCUAGCAUGCCAGCACCAAGUGGAGAUAUUGACAGAGAUGAGCUGCUGCGAUUGAGCAGGACAGGUGACCUAGCGGAGCCGAGAAUAUCGCACGAGACUGACAGUACAGGGCGACGAUCAUCUCCUGCUUUGUUCACAGCAGAGGCUGUUACCUUUGAACGACCUAAGACCAGAGUGCUGCAGAUGGCAGACAGCUUUGAGAGAUUUGCGGACGCGAGAGAGCAGUUGUAG